AUGUUCAGCAGCGGCAAGAUCUUCGCCAUGUGCAUCGCCGCCGUGGCCGUCUCGAGCGGAGUGCACGCUGAGCGAGAAGUGGCUGAGACUUUUGGCCUGCUCGGCCUCGGACACGGCAUCGGCGUUGGAGUGCCGGGCGUUGCUAGUGUCGGAGUGGGCCCUGGCGCGUACGGCCCUGGCGUUGUUAGCCCAGGUGCCAGCGUCGGUGUGCCGGGCAUCGCUGGCGUCAAUGUCGGUCUCCCCGCUGUGGGCGUUGGUGGCCCCGCUGUUUCAUGCAGCAGCGGCAAGAUUUUCGCCGUGUGGAUCGCCGCCGUGGCCACCUUGAGCGGGGUGCACGCUCAAAGUGGCGUCAAGGUUGCUGCCCCGUUCGUUAACGUUGGAGUGGACGGGCAGCCUGGUGCCGAUGGCCGCCGGUAUGUCGACGUCAAUGUGAUGGGCAUCCGCGUCCGUGCCCCUCUUCGCCCCAGAGGUGAACAGAACUACGGAUUCGCCGGCGCGCCUCCAGGCGCCUACGGUGCAGCUCCAGUCAUGCCCAAUGGUUACGCCGCAGCUCCUGGCCAGGUCAUACCAAACGGCUACGGUGCAGCUCCAGCCAUGCCCGCUUACGCGGGAGCUCCCGCUGCUGCACCCGCUGCUGCGGAGUGCCGCAAGCUCCGCUCGGUCGAAUGA